UUGGUGAUCGACAUACUUGCUUGUUUAAGUUUCACAAAACUAUUUAAUAAAUUUUCAAUCAAAAACGGAGAAAACAAAUUUGUGAAAUAUAUUUAUUUCCAAUGAGACCAAGAAGAAAAGAAAAAUCUUCGAGCCAGAAGAUUUCACGGUGGGAUCGAAUUCGUAAACGAAAUGUUACUAAAUAUUCAUUUUCAAUUAAUUCGGAUAUCGUGGAAAAUCUUUUCGGAAAGGAGUACAUCAAUCAAUCUCACGAAUUAGCAUUAUGUGGCAAAUGUGAACCAAACAAAAUACUAGAUCCUCUUCUCGUUAUGGAUAUGCGUCAUGAAAUGUUUCGAAAAAUACCACGAAAAUUGCCAACAAUAACAGUGAGCGGUCGGCGCACCCUGGACGCAUGCAUCUCCCAUAACCAGGUUGUAGAAUCUCGUUACAUCACGAAUGAAUUGAAAAAAUUGCGGCAGCAACUACAAAAAAAUUACAAGAAAAAUAUGAUAAAUGGGAAACUUAGAGAAAAUACUAAAAAAGAUAUAUAUAAUUUGGACAACGAAAACCUCAUGCAGAGUUUGGAAAGAACCGGCAAGCAUAUUGCAAAUUUUUAUGCAGCGCCAUUGGAGGCAUUGCAAGUAGUUAACCAGUUAUGUGAAACCGAAAUAAGCGAAAGUUCCAUAACUGAAAAAGUGGCCAAUGAAGAAGAAAAUAAUGAAAGCCUUCAUGCAAUUAUUACUGGUAAAAGCAGCAAGAAGGAAAUCUAUACAAAAAAAGCAUGUGCUGCAGGGAAAUGUCUACAAAUAAUAGAUGCAGUGGAUGAUAAUAUUAUUCAAUAUUCUAGGGAAACUGUUUUACACAAAGGAAUUGAGCUGCAAACCGAAGAAACUGAAUUCAAAAGUGGCAUUGUAAAUGGGUCUACCUUUGUCUCUGAAAACAAUUUAGGGAUUGAAGGCCAGCUUAUUCGUAAAGACUCUUGUGAAUGCCGUACUGUUAUCGCUACAAAUGAUGUAAUUCAUAACAGUUCUUUUUGUCAAGCGCGAUGCGUACGCUUCGAUGAAUCGGUGGAAGUAAGGAAUUUUAAUCAGGAGAACUCUAUACGCUCCAAUACCAGUGAUGGAAUUGAUUCAGUUGUAUCGGAUAUAGAUGAAGAGACACUUUUCGAACUGCCAAUGGGAGCUGAAGAAAAACUGUCUAAGGAAACGGGAUCGCAUACAUUGUCCAAGAACACAUCAACAACAAGUGAAUUUAAUAUACAUAUAAACGGCACACAGACGCCACAAAUUAACGGAAACUCAUUAGAGCCACUCAUUAUUAAAGGAUUAACUAACCCAAAACAAUUAGAUUCUGAACAAACAACCUCUGAAGAUAUGGAAGAAGAAAGCAAUUCCAACUAUGAACAAAACUUGAUUAUUGAACAACUCUUCCAGUCCCGUGCAAACACUAACCACACCUUGCUACGAAAAUAUUUCCUAAAGUGGAUUCAUUUCAUCACCAUUGAGAAAAUUGAAAGAGAAGAUGUUUCUAGUAAGGGUGAGCGUAUACAUAAAAUUAAUUUGUUUUUAGAUAAAAUACGCAAGGAGAAAUUGCGUCUGACCCGUAAAGCACGUCAAUGUACUGUUGGGCGAGGAAGCGGCGAAACUCAAAUGAAGCCAGCGGGUUCGACACAAGUAACCAAAAAAUAUCAGAACAAAAUUAAGAUCCAACAAGACAUAAUAGAUCUACAGCGACUCAAACUUGAACGUCAGGAACGUAUAAUUAUCGAAUUAAAGUUGAACAAAUUGUCCGAUGCAGCAAAAGAGGACCGUCAAGAUUUAAAAAAUGUACUAAACUCUUUCAUACAGCAUGGAGAUCAUAAAUUCAAAGCAAAGGCGAAAUGUGUGCAGCUAAUUGGUAAUCUUCGAGACGAGAAAGACGAAAACAUGACGAAUUUGCAAGGAAAAGCUAUGAAUAUUCCUAAAUUUUUAAUGGAAAUGCAGGAACGUGCUUUGGAAAGAAACAUUCGGCAUGAAAAAGCGCGCCAACGGCGUUUACAACAGGAAGCUGAAAAGGAAGCACAAAAAAUGGCAGCCGAGGAAGCAAAGCGUUUAGAAGAUGAAGAGGCUAAGCGAUUGCGUAUCGAAGUUUUGAAAGAAAAACGGCGACAAGAGAAAAUGGCUAAAGUACUUAAAGAACGAGAAUAUCAACGAACACAGGAGGCCAAACGUAAAGCCGAUGAAUUUUACCGACGCUUGCUUCUUCGUCGUAUUGGAAUGGAGGGAUUUAAAAGAUUGAUACGACGUAAAUAUGAAAAUAAGAGAAAAUGUGAGCAGUUAAGACGAAAUAUUUUCAAACGCACAUAUUUUUUGAGUUGGCGGGACUACUAUCUAAAAUUGCGUAACGAAAAGUUAACGUUGGCCGAUGAAUUAUAUGAUAAAUUUUUAAAGCGAAAGAUAUUGCGAGUAUGGCAAUUACAUGCUGAAGAAGAACGCUGCAAAUUGAAUACUGCUCUUGAUUGGUGCGAUUUUAAGCGAACUGAAAUGGCAUUCAAAUGUUGGGCUCAAUACAGUAUGCGCAUGUGGGCGAUUGACGCUGCUAAAAUGAAUCAGGCGAAAUCACAUCAUGAAUGGCAUUUAAAAUGGAAAGUGCUCGAUUGUUGGCAACGAUUACCUCAAAUAUUGCAGUUAGAAAGAGAAACAGAGGAAAGACGGCAGCGAUGGCGUAUGAAAAUAUGGGAACUUUUGCCAGACUACACACCCAACAGAGAUUACCCCUGAUAAGAGCGAAAUGCAGCUAUUGCUACAUUACCCCAUUAUAUAUUAAUUAACUUAUACUGUAGUUCAACUUUAUUUAAUAUAAUCUAUUAAUUGCGACAAA